AGCAUCAGUAGCUGGAGCAGCAGCAGCAGCUGAAGCAGCAGCUCGAUCCCACGAUGGUUGCAGCGCACACUUCUUCCCGUUCAUCGGAAUCUGCCGACUGGAUUAUUUGUCUGGAUAAAAGACCAGCUGAGCGCACGAGUGAAGAUGUUGACAUCAUCCUGGCACGCCUGAAAAAUGUCAAGGCCUUGGAGAGAUUCCAGCCCAGUUUGCUGCAGCAGAUUUGCCUGUGUGGCUUCUACGAGUGUCUGGAGAAAGGCAUCACCUUGUAUCGCCAGGGAGACAUCGGUACCAGCUGGUAUGCUGUGCUCUCCGGUUCCCUGGAUGUGAAAGUGUCUGUAACGUCACGUUAUCAGGAUGCCGUUACCAUAUGCACGUUGGGGACCGGCACAGCAUUCGGGGAGUCAAUCCUGGAUAACACCCCCAGACACGCUACCAUAGUCACUCGAGAAUUCAGCGAGCUCCUACGCAUCGAACAGAAGGAGUUCAGGUCGUUGUGGGAGAAAUAUCACCGCUGCAUGGCUGGACUACUCGCCCCACCCUACGGCGUGAUGGAAAGCAGCUGCAGCUCGGACAGAAUGUCAGACAAAGAAAACAUCAGAAACAACUCGUUUGCUUCAGUCUCCAAACAUCCAAAUAAGAAGUCUUUCAUUGAAAGUCCAGCCAAGCCCCACCCUAAAUGCAUGUCUCAGGUUCCUUCGGAGAAGAUCCUCCGCGCCGGGAAGGUUCUCCGUAACGCCAUCCUCUCCAAAGCGCCCCACAUGAUCCGAGACAGGAAGUACCAUCUGAAGACAUACAGGCGGUGCUGCGUGGGGACAGAGCUGGUGGACUGGCAGAUGCAGCAGAGUUCAUGCGUCCACUCUCGUCUCCAGGCCGUGGGCAUGUGGCAGGUGCUGCUGGAGGAAGGCGUCCUCAACCAUGUGGACCGCGAGAUGAGCUUCCAGGACAAGUACCUGUUCUACCGCUUCCUGGACGACGAGCAGGAGGACGCUCCUUUCCCCAGCGAGGAGGAGAGGAAGGAGAGCCAGGAGGAGCUGCAGGACACUCUGCUCCUCCUCUCGCAGACCGGGCCGGACGCACAUAUGAGGAUGAUCCUGAGGAAAACUCCGUCUGAGAGAGCGGCAGACGACUUGGAGAUUAUUUUUGAGGAGCUGCUCCAUAUAAAGGCCUUAUCUCACCUAUCCACCACUGUGAAGCGGGAGCUGGCAGGAGUUCUCAUCUUUGAGUCCCACGCGAAAGCGGGAACAGUGUUGUUCAAUCAAGGGGAGGAGGGAACCUCAUGGUACAUAAUUUUAAAGGGCUCCGUCAAUGUGGUCAUCUAUGGAAAAGGUGUUGUCUGCACUCUUCACGAAGGGGACGACUUUGGGAAGCUGGCGCUCGUCAACGACGCCCCUCGCGCCGCCUCCAUUGUCCUGCGAGAGGAUAACUGUCAUUUCCUGAGAGUGGACAAAGAGGACUUUAACAGGAUUUUGAGGGAUGUGGAGGCCAACACGGUGCGGCUGAAGGAGCACGGUCAGGAUGUCCUGGUGCUGGAGAAGAGUCUCGGCAGCAGCCGAUCCUCCAUCCACGGAUCCUCUGCAUCUCAUUACAAAUACAAAGUAAUGGCUGGGACGCCGGAGAAGAUUUUGGAGCACCUUCUUGAGAUGAUGCGACUGGAUUCUCAAUUUACCGAGUCAGACUCGGCCUUAGAUGACUUCUUGCUCAUGCACUGCGUCUUCAUACCAAACAGUCAACUGUGCCCGGCGUUGAGGGGCCACUACCACUCCCAGGCCUCACAGGGCUCUGAGCAGGAGAAGCUGGACUACACACUCAACAACAAGCGCAGGGUGACCCGCCUGCUCGUGCACUGGGCGGCUGUGCACGGAAAUCACCUGCAGGAGGAGGAUGUAGCCUUCCUCGAGGAGUUUUUCAUGGCGGUGUGUGAAGAUGCGAAGGUGCUUCCGGGCCUCAGGGAUCAGCUGACAGAGUUGGAGAGAAUCGUAAAGCACAAUGCAGAAGAUGCCAGGUCGUCACAGAGAAAGCACAAAAUCCUGCUCCGUCAGUUCAGUACCGGAGACGAAAAGCCUCAGAAACGUCAGCCUAUCAAGGGGAAUGAUGAAAUUCUGUUCAAAGUCUACUGCUGCGACCACACCUACAUCACCAUCAGGGUCCCCGUGGCCGCCUCGGUCAGGGAGGUCAUCAGCGGCGUGGCCGACAAGCUGGGCUCGGCGGAGGACCUGAUCCUGGUCAACCUCAGUUCAGCGGGAGAGAAAGCCAUCUUCAAACCAAACGAUGUCUCCGUCUUCUCCACACUCAGCGUAAACGGAAGACUCUUCGCCUGCCGCAGGGAUCAGCUGGAUUUGUUGACCCCUCUAUCUGAGCAGGAGGGUCCCUCCGCAGGAACGCUGGCCAGCUUUGAGUUGAUGAGCUCCAAAGAUGUGGCUUACCACAUAACGUCCUAUGACUGGGAGCUUUUCCACUGUGUACAUGAGCUUGAGCUCAUCUAUCACACGUUUGGGAGGCAGUACACCAAGAAAACCAGCGUGAACCUGGACUUAUUCCUGAGGAGGUUCAAUGAAAUUCAGUUUUGGGUGGUCACGGAGAUGUGCCUGUGCUCUCAGCUGAGCAAGCGGGUGCAGCUCCUAAAGAAGUUCAUCAAGAUCGCUGCCCACUGUAAAGAGUACAAGAACCUGAACGCCUUCUUUGCCGUCAUCAUGGGGCUGAGCAACCCUGCGGUGAGCAGGCUGACCCAGACCUGGGAGAAACUUCCCAGCAAGUUCAAGAAGUUUUACGGGGAGUUUGAAAACCUGAUGGACCCGUCCAGGAACCACCGGGCGUACCGGCUGACGUUCGCCAAACUGGAGCCUCCCAUCAUUCCUUUCAUGCCCUUGCUGAUCAAAGACAUGACGUUCACCCACGAGGGCAACAAAACAUUUGUCGACAGUUUGGUCAAUUUUGAGAAAAUGAGGAUGAUGGCUAAGACACUGAAGAUCGUGAGACGCUGCAGGAGUCAGACGUUCAGUCCAGAUUCCCCGCUGGCCGGCAAGCAUCACCCGGACGGCUGGACCUACGUUCGCCAGUUCAACGUGAUCGACAACCAGAGGACGCUGACUCAGCUCUCCCAUGGACUCGAGCCCCGCAGGUCCUGAAACUCCUCGGGGGACAGAAAUGUCAUCCUCCCAAGCUGCUUCACAACGUGACGUGCGCGCGUUUAUGAAUUGACUCCAAUGCGGGUAAUCACAUGAAGGACCUAAUGAGGUACCAGAUAAUGAGAUAUUGUUUCCGAAGCCGUCGGCUGAUGCGUUAAGCCUUUUAUUACAGUAAUUUGUGAUUUUUCAACAACGGUAAUUGUUGUGGGAUGAAGGACCUCUUCAUCACAUCGCUGUCAUGCAGAUAUCCUCUCUAACUCAAAUAAAUGAAGAAGAAGCUCCGCGGAGGGAUGCCGCUUAUUAGAUUAUAGUGUAACAUUUUGGAUAUAAACUCUAUGCGAGGCUUUAAAUAAUGUUGUGACUCAGUUUUCCUGAUAUUCAGUUGUUUUGUAUCUUUUGUAUCAAUCAAUAUUUAUACAUAUUUAAUUUGUCUUAUCUGUUGUAAAUAGUAUAAAGAUAUUUAUUUUGACUUUAGCAUGCCUUGUGAUGGCUCCGAAAAGCACAUUUCUCUUCAAAAGCCUAAAAUGUAAAGGUUAAGAGGGCUUUUGGUGCUCGAAGUGUAAAAUAUUUUGGAUAUAUUUAGGUACUUUAACGCUAUUACUGUGUUGCUCUAUUUCAUGUGUACUUCUUAAUAUGUUUUUAAUCAUAAUCAUAGCGACUUUUGUAUAUCUUUUGUAGUGUACAGUUGUCUUUCUCAAUGCAACAUCUGUUUAUGAUUUUAUCUGAUUUAUUUGUUUCAUUGCUGUAUUACCGCUUGUGUUUUUCAAAGUGUCUGGAAUUUCAUCACUUGAUGCAACAUAAUACAAACAGAGGAUUAUUGCUGACAAGAUCACGUAUGAAUUCAUCUAUACAGAUAUGACAAUCCAUCGAUAACUUUUUAAUAUGUUUUUUGGUCUCUUUUUUGGUUUAAAAUGUGUUUUGCGAACAAACUACAUGAAAAACUGGAAUAUGAGGAAGAGUUUAUCACCAUAAAGGUCUACAGGAAGAACUAUUACACUCGUCAAUAUGCCUCAUCAAUGCGGUUGAUAUGAUGCAAACAGCAACGAAGCGACUUGUGUGAAGUAUGUUGAGACAUUAAAGGUUGUUA